AAAAAAAGAAACUAUUUUCGCCGUCAUGUCUCUCGGAAWAACAGCCCGGAGUUUGAUAAGACCGGUCCGCGGGUUCCUGGUGACUUCGGACUCGGUUCCGAAACGAAGCUUCGCGGCUGUCGCUGAAGCCAGAGCGCUGCUGGAGCACGAGCUGGACACGAUCCGAACCGCAGGGACGUGGAAGGCGGAGAGGAUCAUCACCUCCAAACAGGGUCCUCAAAUCAGUGUGCAAGGCAGCCGUGGCACUACACUGAAUUUCUGUGCCAACAACUACCUGGGCCUGUCCAGCCACCCAGAGGUGGUGCAGGCAGGAAUCGACGCUCUGAAGUCCCACGGUGCCGGACUGAGCUCUGUCCGAUUCAUCUGUGGGACACAGGAUCUGCAUAAAAAUCUGGAGCAGAAACUUGCAGAGUUUCACGAGCGAGAGGACUGCAUCCUYUACGCCAGCUGUUUCGACGCAAACGCCGGGUUGUUCGAAGUGCUGCUGGGCCCGGAUGACGCGGUUCUGUCGGACGAGCUCAACCAYGCCUCCAUCAUUGACGGGAUYCGCCUGUGUCGAGCAAAGAGGCUGCGCUACAAACACAUGGACCUSAAGGAUCUGGAGGACAAGCUCCGAGAGGCUCAGUCCUCUCGCAUGCGUCUAGUAGUGACUGAUGGGGUUUUUUCCAUGGACGGAGAUGUGGCCCCCCUGCCUGGGAUCUGUGACCUCGCAGAACAGUACGGGGCCAUGGUUUUCAUAGACCAGUGUCACGCCACUGGUUUCCUGGGAGCCAGAGGCAGAUUCCGUAACAAGAUGACGCAGGCCGGCUUCACCAUCGCAGGCUCGGCCCACCCCAUCUGUCCCGUGAUGCUGGGCGACGCGCGGCUCGCCUCUCUGAUGGCCGACGACAUGCUGAAGCUCGGAAUCUAUGUGAUUGGAUUCUCAUACCCAGUGGUACCAAAGGGCAAAGCCAGAAUCCGCGUUCAGAUCUCRGCUGCGCACACCGACGAGGACAUCGAUCGGUGUGUGGAGGCUUUUAUCCAGACUGGCAGAAAGCACGGAGUCAUUUCCUGAACGAGAUGCGGGAGCAGGAAGGAUUGAGCACAGCACCUGACACAUCAGGAACCCCGGUACUCAAACACUGUGACUGAUGCAGAAGGAAAUCUUAGUUAACAUUUAGAGGUCAAAGGAAAUAAAUCCUAUUUUUGUUCAUUCUUGGAUUAAAAAAAACGUGCUCUUUGCUAACGUGUAGGUGUUUGAAUUUGAAAAAAGGCUAAAUUUCCACAUUUGCUUUACUAAAUCUUAGGAAAAAAAAUUCUUGAAUCCACAAAUGUGAUUUUUUAAACAUUGUCAAAGCAGCAAUGAGGUUUAGUGUUGCUUUGACUAAUAAUGUUACAUUACUUGAGUUUAUAGAAAAACAAUAAACAUCUUUUAAAUCAAAAA